AUGAGUCUAACUUCUGAGUGCGAGGAUGGCUUCCGUUGGAUGGUGUCGCAUGAGCACAUUGUGCUCGACCAUGGAACAAACAAUCACUGCCUCUCGGUGAGGGAAGGCAACGCUCAGGAUGGACAAGACAUCAUUCUUUGGACCUGCGGCGAUGGAUAUGCAGAUCGAUGGGUGAUUGAUGGAGAGCGCAUCAGAUAUAAGGGCAAUCAAAACUACUGCAUGAGCGUGAGGGAAGGCAGAAUAGGUGAUGGCUCUGACAUCAUCCUUUGGGCCUGCGAUGAGCUCUAUGAUUUGGACGAUGAGCUGUGA